AUGGAGUCAUAUGAAGAAGAUAUAAAUAGCAAAAAGAAAGUUAUUUUCAUAUUUAGAUUAAUAGGGCUAUAUGGGGUUGAGGAAGAAGAAAAUAUACGCAAAUUCGUCGAACAAACGCAGGCUGGCGUUGUUGCUGUGUGGGAGGACAAGAAGAAAAGGCUUGAGUUCCUCUUGGCGAAGAGAAAGAAAGAACACGAAGAGAAAUAUAAAGAUACUCCUUUGUCCAAAUGCGUACACGUCCUGCCCUGUAUCUACAAGCUGCGUGCGAAAGAGACGCAAGAGAUUCAACUCUACCAAAUGAAAGAAAAGGAAGCACGGAAGAUGGCAGAAAAAGAAUUCGAUAAAAUGUGGUUUGAAGUGGCGAUGAAGGAGUCGGAUGCAUUGGCGGCACGUAUGGAGCAAGACGACAUUGAACGUCUACGAAGGGACUACGAAUGCAAAAAAAUACACGGACACGAAUAUAAGCUUGAACAAAGAAAACUGCAGAAGGAGAAAGAAAGAGAGAUUCUGAAGGAAGAGGCAAGAAGAUUCAAGGCGAUAUGGGAUGCGGAUAUAAGGAAGGAGCAAGAAGCUGAAAAUCAACGCGCGGAACAAAGAAAAGAGACAGCCAGAGAGAGGAAUAUUAUGAUAGAAGAGAGACAAGAGACUGUUCGAAAACAAAACGCUGUCGCUAAUCUGAUCGCUGACACUUGGGACUCGCUCGCUGGUCAGGGAUUAGCGGAUGAAAAAGCCAAGCUAAUGCUCAUGAGGAGAAAAGAGCAAGAGUUGGAUGAGUGCAACAAGAAGCUUUUGGAAAUAAAGAAGCAAGAAGGCAAGAGUACAUUGACAAGAAGAGAUGCGAAUAUCUUGCGUGGGCGCAGAAAACUAAUAGGGAAAUACGUCAAGCUAUGGUGGAACAAAUAA